AUGCUCUUAUUAGACUGCGGAUGUGAAUAUGACGAUCAGAACUCCCUUGGUCGCAGUCCCUUACACAUAGCAUGCAGUGAGAACCAACCAGAGGCAGUAGAAGCUUUACUGAGACAUGGCGCAAGUGUGAAUGUUAUUGACAAAGAGGGAGUCACACCUCUCAUGGUUGCCGCAAAGAUAGGCAGUGCCCCGGUGGUUGAAUCCCUUCUAGACAAUGGUGCAGAUGUCAACCCUGUUGAUUCCAGUAAAUGGUCGGCUGCUGACUAUGCUCGCUUCACAAACCACAACCAGCUACACCAACGUUUGAAAAGCCUGAUGCGUGAUGGAGGGAACAGCAGUUUGAUUCCCCAAGGUUUGCUGAAUAUAAGUGAUGAGGUAAGCACUGAAGAAGAAGGGGCUGUGGGACUAACAAGAGAUAGAGACAUGGAUGAAGAUGGAGGUGAUUCUUGGAGUGAUAACAGUGAUGUUGCAUCUAUUAAGGAGAAGCCAAAAAUUAACUUGACCAAGUUUUUACCAUCGUCUGAUGAUUCUGGAGAUAACAUUUUUUCCAGCACUCCAGAACCAGGGAGUCUUAUUGGACCUCCAAAGCCUCCUCGCCUUCAUGCUAGUGUAUCUAGUGUAGCUUCAGAACCAGCAAAUGAAAAUGAUGUAGAGACUACCAGCAAUAAGGAGGAGGUACUAGUGCAGAUGAUUCUUGGAAAUCAUCCUCCGAGGAAAUGA